GGCUGAGCCAGUACGUAGCGUCAGGGGGAACCUCUGCGUCUUGCGCAGUGACGUCACGGGAUCUCCUAGAAGCUGAGGAGUGUUCUGUGUUGUCCCUAGGUCUGUGGGGAGAAGCAGCGUCUCCUCCUCCUCCUGCCCGGCUCCUCAUGACCCGCAGUGGAUGUGAGCGGCGCAGUACUCGGUGACGGAGCUCGGCUGCCUGUUCACUCCUGAAGCCUUCACGGGGGAUAGUGAUGGAGCUGCUGGAGAGCUGUGAGUAGAGGAGGUGGCGGCAGUGCGCAGGUGACUACAGCUCGCCUGUCAGAAAGACAAACACCAGCUGAGUGCUUUAUACUGAACAUUGAGAUAAAGCGACACACAAGCUCUGGUGUUACCUCUACCAUAUGGAUCUCUUCUUCUACCUGAAGCACAUGGCUGGAACACUUUUCAGAGACUGAAGCCAUUUUAAAUGUAUGUGUUAUCAACAAUGGAAAAUCAUAAUCAUCCUCCUCCACCGCUGGACACCACCCCACUACUAACUGAUAUUCCACUUCUGCCCACACCUAUUGUCAAUGGAGAAGGCAGCCAACAGGUUAUUUUGGUCCAGGUCAACCCAGGGGAAGCAUUUACAAUAAGAAGAGAAGAUGGACAGUUUCAGUGCAUUACAGGUCCUGCUCAGGUCCCCAUGAUGUCUCCGAAUGGCUCAGUUCCUCCAAUCUAUGUGCCUCCAGGAUAUGCUCAGCAGGUGAUUGAAGACAAUGGUGUGCGGAGAGUUGUAGUGGUUCCACAACCUCCAGAGUUCCACACAAGUGGUCAUCCUGUCAUACAUCGGCCACCUCCCCCUCUGCCAGGUUUUAUACCCCUUUCUGCUAUGAUGCCUCCACCUCAUCGCCACAUUUAUUCAGCAGUCAGUGGAGCAGGAGAUAUGACUGCCCAAUACACCCCUCAGUAUCACCCUUCACAGGUAUAUGGAGAUUUGGAUGCUCUUUCUGGUCAUGGGAGGUCCGGACUUAGGGAUGAACGAUCAAGUAAAAUCCACGAACGGUUGCAGAAGAAGUUGAAAGACAGACAUGGUGCCCAGAAAGACAAGCUGAAUAGCCCUCCUUAUUCACCCAAGAAAAGCACGUCUCCGGUCAAUGAAUCAAAUGGAAUUAUUAAAGGGCAGACUAGUCCAGGGUUAACUACAGGACAAUCUAAGAACAAACAGAAAGGAAAGAAUUCAUCCCAGGUAGAAACAGAAGUACAAGAAAAAGAUGAAGAGACAAAAGCAUUAGAAGCGCAACUUUCCAACAUUUCAAAGCCAGAGGUGUCUGACAUUCAAGCAAGGUCUGUAAUACUGACUUGGUCACCUCCUUCCAGUCUGAUCAGUGAAGAAAAUGAUGGAACACUUACCCCUGAAGUUUACACCUAUGAAAUACUAUUAUCCAACAAUGGGAAAGAUGGAAAAUACAAGGUUGCGUAUAGCGGAGAGAAAAUCAGUGUUACCGUAGAUGAUUUAAGGCCUGCAACAGAUUAUCACGCCAGAGUGCAGGCAGAAUUAAACUGUGUUAAAGGAAACCCUUCUGAAGCUGUAAGCUUUACCACAAUGAGCUGUGAACCAGAAACUCCCAACCCUCCACGAAUUACAAACCGCACCAAAAAUUCACUUUCCCUCCAAUGGAAGGCUUCAUGUGAUAAUGGCUCAAAGAUACACAGUUACCUUUUGGAGUGGAAUGAAGGGAAAGGGUGCCAAGAAUUCUGUCAAUGUUACUAUGGACUUCAGAAGCAGUUUAGAGUAACAAAACUGUCUCCAGCAAUGGGAUACACUUUCAGACUUGCUGCAAAAAAUGACAUGGGCAUGAGUGGUUUUAGUGAAGAAGUCCUGUUCUACACCUCGGGUAGUGCUCCGACAGUGCCUGCAAGUCCAAUACUCAUUAAAGGCGGAAUUACUUGGUUGUCACUGCAGUGGACUAAACCUUCAGGGACACCGUCCGACGAAGGGAUUUCUUAUAUUUUGGAAAUGGAAGACGAAAACUCGGGCUAUGGAUUCAAGCCAAAAUACAAUGGAGAUGACCUUACGUUCACAGUGAUGAACUUGAGGCGAAGCACAAAAUAUAAGUUUAGGGUUAUUGCAUAUAACUCAGAAGGAAAGAGUGGUCCAAGUGAGGUGGUGGAAUUUUUGACUCUUCCGGACAGGCCAGGUGCACCCUCAAAGCCUUCUGUCAAAGGAAAGGUCCAUGCACAGAACUUCCGUGUUGUUUGGGAUCCACCAAAAGAUAAUGGAGGAGCAACAAUUACUAAAUACAUAGUGGAAAUAUCUGAAGAGCAAAGCGGAAACAAUUGGGACACUGUAUACUCUGGCCCUGCAAGAGAACAUGUGUGUGACCACCUGAGCCCUGGCUGCUCCUAUAGGAUCCGUGUUUCCUGCGCUAGUGAAGGUGGACAAAGCAUGGUUUCCGACAUCUUGACAGUUCCAACCCCAGCUGUUAUACCUGGACCUUGCCAACCACCAAGACUUCAAGGCAGACCACGGGCAAGAGAAGUCCAACUACGAUGGGCUCCCCCAUCAGUAGAUGGUGGAUCUCUAGUCACCUGCUACAGCCUCGAGAUGUGUACUGGUGAAUGUGAACAGAGAGAGGUAUACCAAGGAAAUGAGGUAGAGCACACAGUUUGUGGUCUUCAUCCAGGAAAAGCUUACAGCUUUAGGAUACGUGCAGCAAACAAAGCUGGGUUUGGACCAUUAUCCGAAAAGUGUGAAAUAAUCACAGCGCCAGGACCCCCAGAUCAGUGUAAACCACCUCAUAUAACCUGCAAAUCUGCAACAUGUGCCCUUAUACACUGGGAGGCCCCAAAUAAUAAUGGUGCAGACAUCACUGAAUACCGGGUGGAGUGGGGAGGCAUGGAAGGCUGCAUGCAAAUUUGCUAUUGUGGACCUGGCUUUAGUUACGAGAUAAAGGGCCUUUCACCAGCAAUAGUUUACUACUGCAGGGUUCAGGCUGUGAAUGUUGCUGGCACAGGCAUUUUCAGUGAAGUAGUCGCAUGUUUGACUCCUGCUUCUGUACCGGCAGCCGUGACAAACCUUUGGGGAAUGAAGGAAGAGGAAAUAGAGAGCCCGCAUUAUUCUCCCUCCACCUGCCUUGCUAUACAGUGGGAGAAGCCGUGUGACCACGGCUCAGAGAUUACUGGCUACAGUAUAGACUAUGGAGACAAGCAGACCAUCACCAUAGGAAAGACGUCAAGCUACAUUAUUGAAAUGUUACAGCCAGACACCACAUACAGAAUACGGGUUCAAGCCCUAAAUAGUCUGGGAGCAGGUCCUUUCAGCCACUCUGUAAAAUUGAAAACCAAACCCCUUCCUCCAGAGCCCCCACGUCUGGAAUGUGCUGUGUAUAGUCACCAGAGCCUUAAGCUGAAAUGGGGAGAUGGUGCGUCCAAAGCUCUCCCUACAGACUCCAUCCAGUAUCACCUUCAGAUGGAGGACAAAAGUGAAAGGUUCAUAUCUUUAUACAGAGGACCUUGUCAUACGUAUAAGGUACAAAGAUUAAUAGAGUCCACUUCAUACAAAUUUCGCAUUCAGGCUUGCAAUGAAGCUGGAGAGGGACCCUUCUCCCCAGAAUAUGUUUUCACAACCCCUAAAUCCCUCCCUCCUGCGCUGAAAGCUCCACGGAUAGACCAAAUCAAUGAUCACACUUGUGAAGUCAUCUGGGAGUCCCUCCCUACAAUGAAGGGAGAUCCAGUCAUCUACAUUCUACAAAUUAUGGUUGGAAAAGACUCUGAUUUUAAACAGGUAUAUAAGGGACCCAAUACAUCAUACAGAUACUCUGCCCUCCACUUGAACUGUGAAUACCGAUUCCGCGUAUGUGCCAUUCGCCAGUGCCAAGACGCUGCCGGACCUCAGGAUUUGACUGGUCCUUACAGUGCCACAGUCCUCUUUAUGUCACACAGGAACGAGUCACAAAGCAACACCAGCAAAGACAUUACUGAACCCAUAAGGACAACAAGGACGCUGAGUGACGAGCAGUGCGCUGCCGUCAUCCUUGUGCUAUUUGCUACAUUCUCCAUCCUGAUUGCCUUCAUCAUCCAGUACUUUGUCAUAAAGUGAAGGAAACCCAUUUAGCUUUAUCCUGAUCCCUAUACUUUAUUUUUUUACUUUACAUCUUCUAAAGAAAAACAUACAUUUUAUUUUCCAAAUUAUUUUCCUUUUAUUGAAUACAUGGUGGCAUGUAGUACAGCAUCAGGACUACUGUAGCAUGUCAUGUUGUCACUUCUGUCAGAUACAAAGCUUGUACAGUCCUGACUGUACUGAAGGCACAAGCCAGACAGACCAUGACUCCUAUGCCACCCGGUGUGAAGUUUACACACCUCCAAUGCUCCUCAGUUCUUUCAUGGUUAAAGAUUGACCUUGUGCAAGGAUGACAGAGAUUUAUUUAAGGGUCACCUUAAGUGCUGCAAAAAAAAUACAUUGUAAAAGAAAAAGUGGGGGUGUUCUUCUCGUUGUACUUCUACCUCCUCUGUGUCUUAAAUCUACCCUUUUUUGCUGCCUGUUGCGGUGCCCUCUCUGGCAGUAGCAGGGUAUUAAUUAAUCUAUAUACAGUAAUUUAUCUCAACUCAGGCAGGAAAUAUAACUGGAAUUUCUAGAAUAGUAUGUAAUCCAUAAACAAAAGAAAAAGAAAGUAUUUAUUGAAGAUAUUACAAAUGGCACAACUGGUUUAAUGUACCUAAUGCUUCUCGAUCAGAAGACUUAUGCCUUGUAGAGAUGUAAUAGUCCUUUUUGAGGCUAAGCAGGUUUACAUUUGCUUGCUUUUAGUGUGAGGCACUAACCCUUUAUCUAAAUGGAUAGACAAAACGUGUAGAAAGGACUAUUUCUGCUGAUCAGAGUAAGACUGCCCUCUUAUGGCAGGCCGAUGCCUUAAUGAGAUGUUGUACAGUACGCUAUAUAUUGUAUUAGGUAGUAGGGCUAAAGAUGAAAGGGGGAGAUCCAGUUUUUGUCUGAAAACUAAGGUAUCCAGUUUACAACUUGCUGAUCUGCUCAGCACUGUGACAUCCCCAGCCUGCUCACUUUCUGCAUCUCAUAACUUGGAAGUCAUCUUCAUUAAGAUGGUUAACUGCUGCCAAACUAAAACCUCAACCACACUAUGUACAGAGUAGAUCUGGUGAGUGAUGUCACUAGUAAUACUAAGUCUAACUCAGCAUCUAAGCAUUGCAGGAUAUACAAUGCUUCAACCCAUGCAGCCAUCCUGAUUAUAGUAUUAGUAAUACGGUUUAUAAGAUUCAUGAAAAGAACCAUUUCAUUGUCAAUCAUUUUUUUUUCAAAUGGAAAUGUAUUAGUCAGCACACUGAAUAGAGUCCAGUCUAUAUAGGAAAGGAACAUGGCUCACCAAGGUGUUUAUACUAUGGAAUCCCCAGAAGUAAAUAUGGCGUCUGGAGAUUCAGAGGGCGGCCAGUGCCAACUGAAUCCACAUACACAGCAAUGUAUUCUGUUAAAAGAAUGAGCAAGAUCAUUCUUUUGAAGGCAGAAUUUCAGCGGAAAUUCCUUAGUGUGCACUGUGCAUCAGAAUCCUAUUGAGAGCAAUUUGCUUGGAAAUUCCGAUGUGUGAACCCAGCCUAAAGGUUUUAUUCUUUGUUUGGUACAGGUUUUAGGCAUUUCUUUGACUUAGUAUUUUUUUUUGGACCUUCAUCAGUUAUUUGGAUUAAGAAAAUGAAAUAGUACAUCAUGGACAUUGUAUGUCAAAUGACAUAUAAUACAUUGAUGAAUUAUCUGGGUUUAGGUAUUGACACGCAAUAGAUACAAAUGUACAAAAAAAAAUACAAGGUCAAAGAAAACAAAAUUGAAAGCAGUCAAAAUAAUAGUGCUAUCAUUUUUUCAAUCUUUAAGUUCAUACCAGUAAGUAUUUAAGGCUAGGUUUAUACUAUGGAAUCCCCAGAAGUAAAUAUGGCGUCUGGAGAUUCAGAGGGCGGCCAGUGCCAACUGAAUCCACAUACACAGCAAUGUAUUCUGUUAAAAGAAUGAGCAAGAUCAUUCUUUUGAAGGCAGAAUUUCAGCGGAAAUUCCUUAGUGUGCACUGUGCAUCAGAAUCCUAUUGAGAGCAAUUUGCUUGGAAAUUCCGAUGUGUGAACCCAGCCUAAAGGUUUUAUUCUUUGUUUGGUACAGGUUUUAGGCAUUUCUUUGACUUAGUAUUUUUAUUGGUAUUUAUGCUUGAUUUUCCACCCUUACUUCAGUUUGGGAGUGAAAAACCACAAUGCAUGCUAGGUUGUCAGGAUGCUGAAUCACACAGUGGCCACUGUAAAUGACUCUGCGAUCAGCUGAUAAAGUGCUUAUACAUCAGCUGAUCACAGAGCUUUUGUGCGGUCCUAAAAAUUGUUGGCAGCACUUUUACCCAUGUAAACAGGGAAUGUGCUGAUCACCAUAAUGUAAGUCAAAUUUAGCUGGUUUCUUUGUGAAGACUUUCACUUACAAUAAUUGCCCAUUUAUCGAGUGCCAACCGACUAUUGAUGCUCGUAUCUGGUAGCGGUCUAGGUGUGUAAAAGGAGUCCUUGCCCAUUAAUAUGUGUAUAGUUAUGAUGUUUCAUUUUAUUUAGCUGCUACAAUGACUGAAGUUCCAAAAAAAAGUCUAAAUAUGCUUCAGCGUCCUACGAUUGCCUUAGCAAACUGCCAAUCCCAACUUGCCUGCAGUUUUUCCCACUGCUGAACUUUAGUUGGAAGGGUCUUUCAUUCUUCAUACAUUGAAGUACCCUUUAUCAAACCCAAAGAAGGUAUAAAUGGUGCCACAUUCCUAUCAUAUACAGUUCCUGACUAGUUGUCUAUUUGAUAUGGUUGAUAUUUUCUAUGGAGAGUGAGAACUGGUAACAAAUUAUGUGUCCUAUUCUCAUAUCCAUAGAUAGAGAGCCCAAAUAAUGUCCUCCUACCAUGGGGGAGAUCAGCCUUGUUCUAAUCAGCAGAAAUAUCCAACUACAUUUGCUUCUGUCUCUUUUGACCUCUUUGCCUGGGAAACCUGUGGCACAUAGUUUUCUGGACUCCAUGGAGGGCUUGAGGGUUAACAAUUCAGAUUACUCUUCGAAAAUUCAGGUAUGUCUUAGCACUUUUAGCUAACCAGUUUAUAGGUUGAUGGGCUACCACUAGUCUUACCGCUGUCCUACCAUCGUGGCUGCCCCUUUUCAUCGUGCUUCAUCUCUAGAGUAGCCAUGUUUAGUUUUCUUAUCCCUUUUUGUUACCUCUCUCACCAAAAUCUAAAGGCAAAAUGUUGUAAUUUGCACCGGAAACCUUUUUAAGCUGCUUUAUUUCUUGGAGAUAAACAAACUAAUGUUUAAUGUUUUGUCUGUCCUGAAUUUGUACCAAAUGGUUAUUUGCAUGUAGUCAGUGUUGCAUAGAAGCACUUUGCUGUUUUCUCCUGUUCUGUGAGCUUGCGUAUGUAAGUUCUAUGAUCUAUGACCAGAAUGAAGUAUGAUGUUGGGUACCCUUGUGCGGGUAACAAUGAACUGCCAGCUUAUAUGAUAAACCAUAUUCUAAACCUUACUGCUCACACUUCGUCUGUUCCUUCACCCAUCCUGGACCUUUUUAUUUAUUAUCCGCUAUGUCAGGAGGUAGUGAAUCACUAUUGUUUUAGUUUUUUGGGAUUGAUUAGCAUUUUAAUGACAAUAAGCACUUCUCUCAGAUAAAUAAGCGGCUAAUUCGUGCUAUUAAGAUCUUUUCCAGAGCUGUUUCUACAGUAGUAAUGGGCAUGUAUCGUAAUUGUUUGUGUCAAAUAAUGUGUUUCUAGAUUAUUAUUUUUUUGUUACAAAUUUAAGUCCUCUAGUGGUAACAAUGCUUUGUCCUAUGAUUCGUGAUGCGUGUUUACCUUUUUUUUGUUAUUUUUGCUUCCUUUGUCACCUUUUUAUGUAUCAGUUAAUAUGUUCUCACAGAAAAUUAUAUAUGAAUAUAUUUUUUUCUAGAGCCUUCUGUAUGUGCCAUGUUCGGCCAGUAUAAAUGAGAUUGUGUGUAUUUGCCCAGACAUUUCCACAUGGUUGAAUGUUUAAAAUUAGGGUCACUCAGAGAUGAUCUAUAGUGACUUGUUUUUCAUAGAAAAAUUCAAGAUGAAUUCCUAUUUUUGAUAGUAAAUGUCAUUUAAUAGUGUAUCUGCCACUGAGUCUCAGUGCAGAUUUCUGCAGAUAUAAAAAAAAGAAAAAAAGAAAACAAUUUUUAAUCUAAACUUAAUUUUACCUCAUACACUGUACAUUCCAAAAAAAGAAGAAAAAACGCUAAACUUUUUAAAAUCUUAUAGGUACACUACCAAACAUAUCACCAUAAAUUGCAAAAUGUUGGACUUCAUAAAAAGGAAAACAUGUAUAAUCGCAUAGAAAUACAUAAACAAUGUAGCAAAAUUCUAUAAAAUCUGUGGAAAAUAAAAGUUGUAUAAU